AUGCAGGAAUUCCCAAACAAACAUCAACAGGUUGCAUACUAUGAACUUCGCAAUAGAGAUCAUCCCAAGGGUUAUUGUCCUCCGACGAACGAAGGGGUGAAUUAUAUGGGAAAUCAAAAUCAAUAUCAAGAUAGGCAAGCACCAUAUCAAGGUUUAGAAAAAAAAAAGAGUAAUGAAAAGAAGACAAAAGCUCAAAAAGUUCAAGAGGAGAAAGGGAAACUUAAGAGUUUUCCAGUGCAACACCCACCUUAUCCAAAUGCUCCUACCAAGAAAGAAAAUUUGAGGCAUUAUGCAAGGGUUUUGAAUAUAUUUAGUCGGUUACAGAUAAAUAUUCCACUUUCUGAAGUUCCUGAACAAAUGCCAAUGUAUGCUAAGUUCAUGAAGGAUAUUCUCACAAAGAAAAAGAGGUUAGGUAACAUUGAAGUUAAACAUACAAAGAUAACACUUCAGUUGGCUGACAAAUCUAUCACCCGUCCAUCAGGAAUAGAUGAAGAUGUUUUGGUUAAGAUGGACAAGUUAUUAUUUACAAUUGAUUUUGUUGUGAUGGAUAUUGAAGAGGAUGAUGAGCACCUUUGA